AUGUCAUCUGAAGAAGAGGUUCCUUAUUUGGGCUGCCGAGCAUUCAGCUAUGGAAUGCAGUUGAUUUCCAAUUGGUUUGCGAGGCUUUUUGGCCAUGAAAUUGAUAAUCAUACGUAAGAAACUACAAUUUUUACUUAGUUAUUUAUUUAUAGUGGUAAAUACGAUGAAAAUGUGAAUUUUAGGUAACAAAAAUUUAAGUUCAAAAUCCGUUGACUAAUAAAAAUUUAUUUCUAGAUCCCUGCCGACCCAAAACGAAGACAUCUGGUCGAUUAAAACCGAUCAAAUCAAGGAACUUGUGUCUCCAAAAGUGACUGUCAGAUUAUCAGCGAAUGCCAAAAUAGCUAAAGACAAGGAAGCGUAUACCGAUGUGAAGAAGAAACAGGAAAAUCUGCUUCCAGAAAAGGUAAAUCUUAAGUUUUUUUAUUUUAAUUCUUAAAAUAUUUUCAAAAGUCUAAAAUUUUUGUUUUUUGCCAUAACUUUUUUUAUAUGGUUGUAAGAAACUUGAAAAUUCGGAUAGAUAUUAAUAGGUUAUUAACCUAUCUAACCUCAAAAAAUCGAUUUUUUAAACUCACGUAAUUAUAAAGUUACAGUAAUUUUAUCGUACCCCUACUUUUCGAUUUUUUAUUAAAAAAUUUCGAUUUUUUUUUGAAAUUUGAAAUUUUUGUAAUAUUAACAAAACGUUUUUAGGCCGAAUCCCAGUUUUGUCUCAAUUCAAGUUCAAGCGAGUGCGAAGAAGACGAGGAUGUUGUGGUAGAGAAUGAAAAGCCUCGACAUGAAUCAGAUUUUUCCGACAUUGAUCUUCAAUCUCGUUGA